GCUGAUAAAGAAUUUGUAUGGUCUUUAUGGAAACGUCUCCAGGUUGCAAACCCAGAUGUUACUCAAGCAAUCAGUUUGGUUGUGGAAAGAGAAAAGCAGAAGGCUGAACUCAAGGACAGGAAGGUUUUAGAGAUUUUGCAAGUUAAAGACAACAAAAUUCAGACACUGGAGCAGAGAACAAGUGGACAACAAGAGGAGAUAAACAACCUGGUGCAAAGGAAAAUUGCUGUAGAUGAAGAAAACGCUGCCUUAAAAAAUGAGCUUUGCAUCUUACAACAGAAAUCUCAAGAUGUAAUGCAGGAACGUAAGGACACCAAGGAGUGUGCACAGAGAAAGGAUGAGCAAAGCAGACUGGUUAUAAAAAAUCUGGAGGAGGAAAAUGAGGGUUUAAGUACACGCUAUGCUGACCUGCUAAAUGACCUGGAGAAACUGAAGAAGCAGGAAUCACAAUGGAGAACAGAAAAGUCUGGCAUUGAUGCAAAAAUAAAGAAUUUGGAAUCAGCUUUAAGAGAAGCAAGGGGACAAGUGGAAGUCCUGCACAAUAGAUGUGAUGACCUGGCGUCUCAGCUGGGGCUUAAGCAAACUGAAUUAACACAAAAGGAUUUGGAUGUGGCCAGAGCUAAGAAGGAAUUGCAGGAGCUGCAGAAUCUCUACAAACAAAACACUGAACAUGCGGCACAGCAGGCAAAGCUGAUCCAGCAGCUUCAGGCUCUCAACACAGAUACACAAAAAGUACUGAGAACUCAGGAGGAUGCUCACACAGCUGAAACAAUAUCAUACCAAAAACUUUAUAAUGAAUUGACAAUAUGUUUUGAAAAACUCAAAGCAAGUGAAAUUCAGCUCCAGCAAAAUCAAGUUCCUCUCCAAGAUAAAUUAUUUGAAAAAGAUCAACAUAUCAGUCAACUGGAAAAGCAACUUCAUGAGGCGCUCUGUUUUUCAUCUUCAUUACCCUACCAGACUUAUUCAGAACCAAAAAAAGGGGAAUUCCAACAGUAUUCUUUCACCGAGCUAAAAUACCUCGUAAUGUCUCAAAAGACUGAAAUAGAGCUUUUGCAAAAAAAAUUGAAAAGAACAAAUCGUUCACUGGCAAAUCAUAGUCUUUGCAGUAGAGAUUUCUUGGAUUGCAUCAGUACUAGGGCUGGGAAAAAAUACAAGAAACCACCUGUGAAACGUUCAAGGUCUCUGUCCCCAAAGAGCUUUUUGAAAGAGUCAGAAGAACUACGGAAACUCAGAAUAGCUGAAGGAAAGAUUGAAAACUUAGAAAAGACACUACAACUAAAGAUUCAAGAAAAUGAUGAGCUGAGACAAGCACAUGAAAAACGUAAGAAACGUCUGCAGACGUUACAGAUCAAUUACAGGGCAGUAAAAAAUCAGUUAAAGGAAUUGGAGGAAGGUUAUGGCAGGCCUGGAAACAAUAAGAAUGGAAAAGAGCGUUCAGAUCCUCAGCAUCUGCGUCAAGAAAAUUCUGAUGCAGUAUGGAACGAACUGGCAUACUUUAAAAAAGAACACAAGAAGCUGUUGAUUGAAAAACUGAAUUUGGAGGAGGAAUUGGAUCAGAUGAAAGUACAUGCCUCUAGAGAUAAAACUACAAUACAAGAGUUGAAUGUGUGUCUACAGGAAGAAAGAGAAGAACUGCUCUAUAAACUUGGUGAAGAAGACGAGGUCAACCACAGUACUCCAAAGAAGAAUGUGAAAGAAAUAUCAGCACUGACAUUACAGAAGAUUUCACAAUUGGAAAGAAGAAUAAUGGGCUUUGAAAAAGAAUCCAAGAAGCUGAAGGAAAUUAAUAAAGGGUUAGUUAAGGAUAAAAGUGACCUGAAACUAUUGCUUAAAAAGCAUACAGACGUUGCAGAAGACAGAGAAAAAGAGCUGAAGAUACUUGUGGAAAAGAUCACAGAAGGAAAGAAGGACAAAGCUAAGCUCCAGUUAAUAAUAGAUGGAUUGGAAAAAGAGAUCACGUCUCUGAAGAGGCAAGUGGCAGAAGGAAAUUUAUUGAAAAAUGAAAACGUGGAUUUGCUGAUUCAAGUGAAACAACUGCAAAGCUUACUGAGCAAAACAAAAAUGGUUGACUCCAAAACCACAGUGGAAGCAGCUUGUGGACAGUGUAGUUGUAAGAAUACAGGUGCCAGUGUUAAACUGAAAACAGGAAAGAAAAAGAACUUGGUGGAACAUCAAUCUCUUUGCAAUCAGUCCAUCAAGGAUAUGAGUGGUGCACUUGAGAACUUCAGUAAGGACGGCUGGGAAGAUAUGAGUGAAAGCAGCGAUUCUGAAAUACUGAAUUCUGAAAACCUGGAGACAAAAGCAGUACAUCAUAUUACACUGACCAAAAAAAAUGAACAGCAAGAACAAAAUAAGGUCGUGAAUAAUAAAAUAACUCCAAUCAGCAAGUGUUUAGAAACUGAAAGCAAAUUACAUCAGAAAAAGAAAAGGAAAGGUGAAUUAGUAAUGACUGUCCAAAGGAAAAAGAUUCUAAAUUCGGCAUUCAAUCCUUACAAAGUUAACAGAGAGAAGAUAAGAAGUAUCAUGGUCCAGAAACCUGGCUGCUCCAUGUCACUUUGGGGACGUAUCACAUCUUUACAGCAGCAGUUAGCUGUAGUUCAAAAAUCAAAACGAACAGCAGUAUUAUCUUUUAAAAAGUCCAGGGAAGCAAACAAAAGAUUAACAUCCCAGUUGCAUCUAACCAAACAGCAACUUCAGGCCAGCAAACAAACUGUUCAGACCCUGACAUCCAGCUUGACUGAAUUGCAACGAGAAAAAUCAGAUUUGCAAGGAAAAUUGGACCACCUGAUCCAGACGACCAAAGGGAGAGAAGGGCUGUCUCUUCUAGCAUCUGGCCAUACUGGAAUGGCACCAGCUACUCCUGUCAAGACUGUAGAUUUGGAAAUGAAGCAACUACAGUGUAAACUGAAGAAUGCAAAUAAUGAAAUCACUAAACAUUCAUCAACCAUUAAAUCUUUGAAAUGCGAAGUCCAAAGAAAAGAAGAACAGAUGCAGGAACUACAAGAAAAGAUUUCUAGAAUGGAAAGAGAUAUAAGUAUGAAAAGGCAUUUAAUAGAAGAUUGGAGGCUGCGUAUGAAAACAUAUCAGGAAAAGGAGAAAAGCUUUAACGAAACAUUGCAAUGUCUGGAAGAAAAGGCAAAGGCAUUAACUGAGGACUGUUCAAAUAAAAAAAUAUCCAUUGAUUCAUUAAAGCAAAGGCUUAAUGUAGCUACCAAAGAAAAGGCACAGUAUGAACAGAUGUAUCACAGAGCUAAAGAAGACUUGGAGAAAAAGGAACUUAAUCUUUCCAAUCUGGAAGCUAAAAUGGCGGAGACAGAAUAUACCAUGACUGAACUUGAAACAACGGCCUCUCAGCAGCUUCACAGCUUAGCCAGGCAAAGUGAACAGGCACUUGAAAUGGUGCAGAAAAAGUUGAUCAUGUCCAAUGAAAAAGUAGAAGAAUUCAUAACUUUUGUAAAGAGCUUGGCGACUGAGCUACAGAAUAACGUGAAAGAGAUGCGAACACGAAUCAGAUGUACUAAAAAAAUGCAAGAAGAUAAAAAAUGUGGUGGUAACAUUUCCAAAGAAUCCGUUCACCGAGCUCAGUCCUUGGCAGCAUCAAUCCUUAAUAUUUCAAAAACUGAUUUAGAUGAGAUUCUUGAUGUUGUAAAUGAUGAGGAAACAGAACAGAUGAAAAUGGAAUAUGAAAGUGACAAAGAAUGGUUGGGCUAUUUACAAAAACUUCUGGAAGGACAGUUUCCUUUUGCUUCGUAUUUAAUGGAAGCAGUGCUGGAAAAACUAAAUGAACAAAAGAAGCUGGCAGAAGAAUACAGUUCUCUGAUGAAACGAGCAGCCUAGGAGGAGCUAAUAAACUGACUUUUUUUAAAAAAGAGGGUUUUCUUUGGCCCUGGGAUUCUGUUCCUGGGACUGGUGCACAAAAAUAGAUGAUCUGUCAUAUUCAACAGCAUCUGGGUUUGCUUCACUUAUGUAGACCAAUUCAGAGAAUCAAAAUAGAUUCACAAGUGUGUGAUAGAUACAGAACAAAAUAAACUGGCAAGUUCAUCUGA